AUGGCGAAAGAAAGCACCGCACCGAAAGAGCCCCUCACUCCUGGAGGCAAGCCGAACACCCAACAUCGCCCCCCGCAUAUCCAAGAACACGAAUUCGGCAAGCCCUCGCCGAUCGGUCCACAGCAAAAAUCAAACCACCUGUUCAACAUUCCCAAGCCCAACCAAGCACGUGCUGAACAUCACCGCGUCCCUCAUCGAUCGAACAACCAACCUGACCCACGUGCGAGACAAAACCACCCUCCUCCCGGGCCUCAGGGCUAUCGUCCAUCAGCCCCUUCAGGAGCGGUUGCUGCCACGCCAGCGGCGAAGCGAAGCGAGCCAUGGGACCCCUUCAAGCCAGUGGCACCAUCUGCCUACAACAAUCCCCGUGGAGGUUUCCAACCGGGGUCAGUGAGCAUCAAACGCCCUGAAAAUGUUACAUGGACUACACCUCGGGCCCCAAGGCCGAUUUUCCAGUCCAAGCCUCUCCCGCCCAAGCCCAGCAACUCGUCCAAGAAUCUCCAGAGCUUUAUCGAUCUCACACGCGAUCAAACCGAUCCUAUCCCAAGAGCGCCAGCAAGUCACAUUCCUUCCAGAUUUGGGGCUAUGGACAUGGACGGCUAUGUCGAUACGGCCAUGGCAAAUGAAAACAUCAAAGCUUUGCUAGAGGGGGCCUUCGAAGAUGAAGAUGAGUCGCAGUCAAAGGCUACCGACAAAAAGAAGAAGAAGAAGGGCUCGAAGAAGAAGCAGUCCAAGGCAAAGCCAAAGGAUGUGGCCACCAAGGACAAUAAAAAGGAGCAAGCUGCUGAUGAUCUCGAUGAUCUCGCUGCUCAAUUGUCGGGAGUCACAGCGAGGCCCAGGGUGCGCAGAAAGACGAGGAAGAGGAGGCCGACGAAGAGGAGGAGGAAGAUGAGGAGGAUGAGGAGGAUGAUGGGGUGGUUGAAGGCCUGA